AUGACGAUUACAUUAGGAUUAUCUUGUUACAGGGCCACGAUAGAAUUAGGAGAUGUAACACCUCACAACCUGCAACAAUUGAAACGCUUGAACCAAGUGGUAUUUCCUGUUUCCUACAACGAUAAGUUUUACAAAGACAUCUUAGAAGCUGGAGAACUAGCGAAAUUAGCAUACUAUAACGACAUUGUGGUGGGAGCCGUAUGCUGUAGGAUUGAUGUUCUAGAUGGUUCAAGGAGAUUAUACAUUAUGACACUAGGAUGCCUAGCCCCAUACAGGAAGAGGGGAAUUGGUGCAAAAAUGUUGGAACAUGUUUUAAAUUAUGUGGAAAAGGAUGGAGAUUUCCAUAGCAUUUUCCUCCACGUACAAGUCAAUAACCAAAGUGCUAUUGACUUUUAUAAGAAGUUUGGAUUUGAAAUUGUUGAAACGAAAGAACAAUAUUACAAAAGAAUUGAGCCAGCUGAUGCUCAUGUACUGAUGAAACUUUUAAGGCCACAAAGAAAUGUGAGUGAUUCAGACAAAUGAAUCUGAUGAGGUCAAGUGGAGGUAAUUGAUAAUACAGAAACGAUUAUGUCACAUUACUAAUAA